AUGUCGUAUCCUGACCAGCGGACCGAUGACGAGUGGCGCGCCGUUCUGACCCCAGAACAAUUCCGCAUCCUCCGUAAUAAGGGCACUGAAGCUCCGUUCUCGGGCAAGUACGACAAGUUCUUCUCGGACGCCGGCGUCUACACCUGCGCCGGCUGCGACGCACCCCUGUACAAGGCCGACCACAAGUUCAAGUCGGGCUGCGGCUGGCCCGCCUACUUUGACAGCAUCCCGGGAGCCAUCACCCGCCACACCGACAGCACGCUCGGCAUGCAGCGCACCGAGAUUGUCUGCUCCAACUGCGGCGGCCACCUCGGCCACGUGUUCAAGGGCGAGGGAUACCCCACGCCCACAGACGAGCGGCACUGCGUCAACAGCGUGAGCAUCAAUUUCUCGCCAAAGGAUAAGAUUGUCGAGGGCGGUGCGGCGGGCAAAGACGGAGAGGCCCAGAAGUAG